AAGUCUCGUAGUCUGUAAACCAUCAGAUCCUCUCCCCUACCCCGAGAGCUAAAACAGAGAGAAGCAAAGUUUAAAACCUCAGGUCUCCGUCGCCGGCGAUAUCUACCGGAAAACAAAUUGAAAUAUUUGUAUCAUUGAACCGUAUUUUCGUGCUCGACAUAAGAACAAUCUCUCUGCUGGAGGAGAGAGAGAUUAGUAUUUUGCUAACGUAAGGCAAUUCUAUUGGACGAUUUUAAAAACCCUAACUAUUCUCAUCACCGCCGCCGACGACUCUGUUACUGGUCUUUUACUUAUGCCAUCGUGUACGUUUAUAAGAGAUGGGUUCACGAGAGAAAAAACUGUUAUUUGAUCUUGAUGAAGUUAGUAUAGAAGCUGAUGGAGAUGAUCAAUUGAUAAUGGAAGAAGAGGAUUUUGAUGGAGUCUGAAAAGAGCAAGGGUUUAUUGCCGCAAGAGCAGGGGAUGAUAGAAACUGGUGGUAGAGAUGAUUUACAAGAACAAGGUUUAACGGUGAAGCAGAGGGAGUUUAAAGGAGUUGAAGCAAGUCAUGCAAUUAAGUGUGCUAAUACCACUGUGAAGAGAAUGAUGGAUCAACAUAAAGAGGCAAUGUUGGGAAAGAAACGUAAUAGGCAGACCAUGUUUCUUAAUCUGGAAGAUGUUAAGGAAGCAAGCACUAUUAAGACACCCACUCCGAGGAGACAGAGUUUUGCACAACCUGUUAUUACAGGCUCCCGUGAAAUCAAUCCAUCUCCUGACCUUGGAGGAGAUAUUCAAAGUCACGGAGAUCAAAAAUCAAUUAAUAUUCCUUCUAAGGGCGGUAUACAUCCAGAGUCUGCUGAACAGAAGUUCGAAAGUAAUGGUGAAUCAGAUUCGAGUUUACUUUGUAAGCCUGGGAGGCUCAACGGGGAUGAAGGACCUUCUACUGAAGGGAUGGGAACAUCUGUGUCAAGGCAGGCUUCUUGGAAGCAGCCGACUAAUUUACGGCAGCCUAUGAGCGGUCAUUCAUCUAGUAGAAAAGUCUCUUACAGCCAAAGAUCUUUCAAGAAGCCAGCCACAACUAGUACCCAAUAUCAGGAUACAUCAGUGGAACGUCUUAUACGUGAGGUGACCAACGAAAAGUUCUGGCGUCAUCCUGAGGUUACCGAACUCCAAAGUGUACCUGAGCGGUUUGAAUCUAUGGAGGAGUAUGUCAGAGUCUUUGAACCCUUACUUUUUGAGGAAUGCCGGGCACAACUUUACAGUACAUGGGAAGAACUGGCUGAGGCAAAUGCAUAUGUGAAAGUUCGAAUUAAAUCCAUCGAAAGAAGAGAGAGAGGGUGGUAUGAUGUAAUACUUGUCUCGUUAAACGGCUGUAAAUGGGCUUUCAAGGAGGGAGAUGUCGCAGUUCUUUCAACUCCACUGUCUGAAUCAGACCAUGAGGAUGCUGGACGUGUAGCUGGUACAGUUAGGAGACAUAUACCAGUUGAUAUCCGUGAUCCUCUUGGAGCUACUCUUCAUUUCUAUGUUGGAGAUUCUAGUGGGGCUGGCAGCAGGAUUGAUGAUAGUCAUAUUUUACGGAAGCUUAAACCUAAGGAUAUCUGGCAUCUAACAGUGCUUGGUUCACUUGCAACCACACAGAGGGAAUAUGUUGCACUUCAUGCGUUUUCUCGACUUAACCCACAGAUGCAAAAUGCCAUUCUCAAUCCUAGGCCGGAGCAGUUUCCUAGUUACGAGGAGCAAACCCCUGCAAUGCCUGAUUGUUUCACUACUAGCUUUGUUGACCAUUUACAUAGAAGCUUUAAUGCUCCACAGCUGGCUGCAAUCCACUGGGCGGGCAUGCAUACUGCAGCUGGUACUAGUAGUGGGGGAAAGAAGCAAGAACUAUGGCCAUUCACUCUUGUUCAGGGCCCUCCAGGAACAGGCAAGACACACACUGUUUGGGGGAUGUUGAAUGUCAUCCAUUUGGUUCAGUAUCAACACUAUUACACUUCGUUACUGAAGAAAUUAGCACCUGAGACCUAUAAUCAAGCAAAUGAGUGCAGUUCAGAUAAUAUCUUGUCAGGCUCUAUUGAUGAAGUCCUACAAAACAUGGACCAGAAUUUGUUACGCACCCUGCCCAAACUCUGUGCUAAACCAAGGAUGCUUGUUUGUGCUCCUUCAAAUGCUGCAACUGAUGAACUUCUUUCACGUGUCCUUGACCGUGGUUUCAUUGAUGGGGAGAUGAAGGUAUAUCGCCCUGAUGUUGCUCGAGUCGGUGUUGAUUCUCAAUCGCGAGCUGCCCAAGCAGUUUCUGUGGAGCGAAGAAGUGAUCAGCUAUUAGCUAUAUCUCGUGACGACCUUCUACGACACAUGCAUAACCUCAGACUACAAGAAACUCAGAUUUCUCAAGAUAUAGCUGGGCUUAAAAGGGAACUUAAUGCUGCAGCCUUCGUCACACGUUCUCAGGGAUCUGUGGGAGUUGACCCUGAAGUCCUUUUUUCAAGAGACCAAAAAAGAGAUGCUUUGUUGCAGCACCUUGCUGCUGUGGUUGAAGCUAGAGAUAAAGUCCUUGUUGAAAUGUCUCGCUUUCUUAUUGUGGAGGGAAAGUUUCGUGCUGGUAUAAAUUUUAAUCUUGAAGAAGCUCGUGCGAGUCUUGAGGCAAGUUUUGCAAACGAGGCUGAAAUAGUUUUUACCACUGUAUCAAGCAGUGGUCGUAAAUUGUUUUCUCGUCUUACCCAUGGUUUUGAUAUGGUUGUCAUUGACGAAGCUGCCCAAGCUAGUGAGGUUGGAGUUCUUCCUCCUCUUGCUCUUGGUGCAGCGCGAUGUGUACUUGUCGGUGAUCCUCAGCAGCUACCUGCAACAGUGAUUAGCAAGGCUGCUGGAACUCUUUUAUAUAGUAGAAGUCUCUUUGAAAGGUUUCAGCUAGCAGGUUGUCCGACUUUGUUGUUAAAUGUUCAAUACAGAAUGCAUCCUCAGAUUCGAGACUUUCCUUCAAGGUACUUCUACCAAGGACGCCUCAAAGACAGUGAAAGUAUAUCCAGUGCUCCUGAUGAGAUUUACCAUAAAGAUCCUGUUCUAAGGCCUUACCUUUUCUUCAAUAUUAGCCAUGGCCGAGAGUCCCAUAGAGGUGGAUCUGUAUCUUAUGAGAAUGUUGAUGAAGCUCGGUUCUGUGUUGGGGUGUACAUGCAUCUUCAGAAAACUUUAAAGUCGUUGAGUGCGGGAAAAGUCUCUGUGGGGGUUAUAACCCCGUACAAACUGCAGCUGAAAUGCCUGAAGCAUGAGUUUGGCAAUGCUUUGGGACAAGAUGAACUGAAAGAGAUUUAUAUUAAUACAGUAGAUGCGUUUCAGGGUCAAGAACGUGAUGUCAUAAUCAUGUCGUGUGUUCGUGCUUCGGGUCACGGGGUUGGCUUUGUUUCAGAUAUCCGGCGGAUGAACGUUGCUCUUACCCGUGCGAGAAGAGCUCUGUGGGUGAUGGGAAAUGCCUCUGCUCUAAUGAAGUCUGAGGACUGGGGAGCAUUGAUCGCUGACGCGAGAGCCAGGAACUGUUUUAAGGAAAUGGACUCUCUUCCGCAGAAUUUUCCAAUCCCUCAAGCACCUAGUUAUAAUCCCAUGGAAACUAGUGCAAGAGGUUUCAGAUCAGGUGGGCCAAGAAUCGGAUUUUCAGGGACAGCACCACCAGAAUAUGAUGAGAAGUUGAAGACAUCUACAUUUGCAAAAAGUGAGCUUCAAAGGGACCAAUCACUGGAUGAUUUUGAUAUGUCUGGGGAUAGGUAUAGGGAUUCCUGGCAGCACGGGAAUCAGAGGAAGCAAACUUUUGGAUAUGCUUUGGCGAGAAGAGGCUAGUUAUCCUCAAAUUACGUUUGAUCUGAUAUCUUGAGGAGGUAGACAUGAAGUCAUGUCUAGAUCAUAGGCCUUCAUAGCGAAUACGUUGAAGCUGCAUUUGUGUUUCAAUAACUAUGGAACGUGUUGAUAAUUACCCUCAGUUUGAAGACUCUCUCAAGAGGGUUUUGGAUUUUGAUUGUGGCUUGGGUCAGCAGAACUACAAAAGGCUGUAGCUAUGAGUUUUGGUUAAUGGUAGCUUCUCUUUAAAGUUAGUGAGCUCAUAGAUGGAAGCAGAUCAUAUACCCACACAGGUCACUGUUGUAGCAACUUGUAUAUAAUCCACUAUCUUUUAGUAUUUAUAUCUCCUUUAAUAUAAAACUCAGAUCCUUUGUUUUUUAUGUUAUCAUCGAUCAAUGAAGAAUCAUAUUCUUGUAA